AGGGCAUACCCGAAAUUCAUAGGCGGAAGUGGAGUGAGUAGUCUUCGAGGUCACACGCCACCACUACAGCGUCUGUAGAUGAUGGGUGGCCGGCGAGGUUGUGCAUUCAGCUAGCAACUUCUUACAUAGGGCAACUUAUCCAUUUUGCCUGGGCUAUUUGUUUAUGAGAACAACCAGAUCAUAGUGCCAUUGUCAGACCAUUCGUAGGAGGAUGGAAAAGCCAGAAGAGGCACACAAUUCCUUGGAGAAGGAAGGAAAUGGGAAUGCCAAUCAUGUUAUUCGGAUGGGGACCAGGAAAAGUCAGCUGGCCCGUAUCCAGACAGAUUAUGUCAAAGAGAAGCUGAUGGAACUGCACCCAGAUGUGAAGUUUGAAAUAGUUGCCAUGUCCACAAUUGGAGACAAAAUCCUGGACACUGCUUUGUCGAAGAUUGGAGAGAAGAGCCUGUUUACCAAAGAACUGGAAAAUGCACUUGAAAGGAAUGAGGUUGAUAUUGUUGUGCACUCUUUGAAAGACCUUCCCACCACAUUACCCCCCGGGUUCACAGUUGGAGCUGUAUUAGAGCGUGAAAGUCCGUAUGAUGCUGUGGUGCUGCACCCAAAACAUGCAGGGCUGUCUUUGGAAACGCUGCCAGAAAAAAGUGUGAUCGGCACGAGUUCACUGCGCCGUGCUGCUCAGCUGAAGAGAAGGUUCCCUCAUCUGGAGUUUGAAAGCAUUAGAGGGAACCUGAACACUCGUCUGAAGAAGCUGGAUGAGAAGGAUGACUAUGCAGCCAUCAUCCUAGCUGCCGCUGGCCUGAAGAGAAUGGGCUGGGAGAACCGGAUCAGCAUGAUCCUUGAGCCAGCUGAUUGUAUGUAUGCUGUUGGCCAGGGAGCUUUGGCGGUAGAGGUUCGAGCACGGGACCGACACAUACUCGACAUGGUGUCUGUGCUUCACCAUCACGAUACCGUACUUCGCUGCAUUGCAGAAAGAGCUUUCCUUCGACAUCUGGAGGGAGGCUGUAGCGUACCCGUCGCUGUGCACACGGAAGUAAAGGAUGCGCUGCUGUGUUUGACAGGGGCAGUGUACAGCCUGGAUGGUGCAGACAUGUUGAAGGAGACCAUGCAGAUUAGCAUCCUCCCAGACAAUGAGGUGCCUCAGGUCUCUGAUGACGGUGCCCAUGUCGGGGUCACUGCAUACAACAUAUCUGAGUCCUCCCAGGCUGCUGCUGAGAAGCUUGGGGUGGACCUGGCUGAGUUGCUGCUGAGUAAAGGAGCUAAGGACAUCCUGACCACUGCACGGCAACUCAACGACGCCCGAUGAGUCCUCUAUCUAUUCCCAUGCCAUGAAGCCAGAUCGGAAACAUGGCGUUGAGGCCACACAGUGCUUUCAUCUGUACUUAAAAUCUGCCCACUUACUUUGCUGCAGCUCUAAGCGAUAUAAAAUUAAGUGUAAUGGCCUCUUGAGACUGCAGAUGAGAAAAGUCAGCUAGUCUUUUUUUCUUUACAGAUGACAACUGUGGCCACUCAACGUCUUUCUUAGCUUUAAUCUUUAGUCCAAACACUGAAGGUUUAAUCAACCAUAUUGGCAAAGUUACAGGUAUCCUCAGGGCAGACGUAUCAUACUCCACUGUCUAACAAAACAGUAAAGAAAGAAAACAAGUCAAGUGGGAAAUAAAAGGGUGUCCACAGUUCCAAAAACAUGGAUUUAGGAACAAGCACUGUUAAUUCAAAAUGGUAAACCUAACACCAGAGCCCAGUAUGUGGCAGUGAGAAAACCAUGAGACUGCCAUAGUUGGUUUCUCAUUUCACAGGUUAAAAAUCAUCCAAGCUUGUAACCAAUUCAUGUUUUUGGACAAGCCCUUAUUUUUCCUAUACCUCAUUUUGAUGUCAUUUAAACCGUUGCUUUCAAAUUCAUUUGCCAAUCCUGAACAGGUUUAAAAGCCUGCUUUGAGUCCAUUAGUUGUGCUUUGAGUGUCGUCUGUGUUGUCCAUUUUGACAUUUUAGCUACUUAUUUAUGACUGAGGGUACACUGUUGUAUAUAGUGUAAAUGAGGCAAUAGAAAGUAUUUUAGACGUCAAUGACUUGUCAGUGGACAAUGCCUUAUAUCAUAUGUGCUUACAUGGAGCCUUGUAUCUUUUUAAUAAAAUCUACUUAAUUUCA